UAGGCAAAUAUAGAGAGACAGAAGGUAGAUUAGUGGGUACAUAGGGUUUAGGUGGGGAUGGGAUAAUGGAGGUGACAGCCAAAGGGUAUGAGGUUUCUUUGAAAAGAAGAAAAUUGUAGGGAUGGUUGUACAACUGAAUACACUAAAACCCACUGGCUCAUACAGUUUAAACAGGUGUAUUUAAUAUGAGUUGCAUCUCAAUAAAACUGUUAACAAAGAAGUCAUCAAAACAUUAGGAUAGCUUAUAACCUAAGCAUUUGGGUCCAAGUUAUAGUUUUUAUGAUUCUUGGGCUAUUUUUUAAAUCUCUGAUGAGAUUCUUUUUAGAGAGAAAAGGUGCAUAGCAUGGCUGUUAAAGAGCAAAGGCUUUGGAUCAGACAUACGAGGAUCAGCUGGUGGCUUCACACGUUCAAGUUGUUGUCUUUGAGCAAAUUAUCUAACUUUUCUAAGUUUCAGUUUCUUAAAUUGUUGAGAAUAGUAAUCUCCUAGGGUUAUUAUUAGAGGCCCACAGGAAGUGCACAAUGAAUGUUAGCCACACCUAAUGUUAAAAAAAUUUAGUUAUCUCAUCAAUAUGACUAUCUAAAACUGGAAUUAACAAAUAUUGCCUGUGAGCAGGGCACAGUGCAAAAUGACUGCAAUAGAGAGAAGAUAUGUAGUAGGCACUGAGUCGUGGUAGGGGAGUUGUUAAAAGAAUGAGAAUUUUCCUUCACUCCUAGGAUUCUACUGUCUGGUGAGGGGCGCUGAGAGUAGAGGGUAUCCCUUUAAGAUAGGAGUUUGUACCAAGUACGCAGGAGCAAGAGAGGCCAAUCAAAGGAACUCAAUGGAAGGUAUAUUGGAGAUGAGACCCAAGCUGAGUACUGAAGAAUGAGGAAAUUUAGCCCAGUAAAGGCCAGCAGGGCUCCUCUGGUGACAGAAACAGAGCAAGCAAAACCCCUGGAAAGCCCUCUUAUAUGUCAACUCUCAAAUUUAUAUCUCCCAAAUCCCAGGCUUCUACAUUAACUGCAAACUCAAAAUCUUUGCUUGCAUGGCUCAUAGGCUUCUUAACCUUUCUCCCACCUGUGGUCCACUCACAGCCUUCCCCAUCUCUGACGAUUCCAACUCCAUUCUACCCGAUGCUUGUGGCAAAAACAUUGGAGUUAUUUUCUGCUACUUCAUUCCUGCAUCCAGUCUGUCAGGGAAUCCUCUUGACUCUACCAAAAUAUAUGUAGACUCCGAGUCCAUCUCAAACCUGUUACUGCUCCCAUCAGCUCUUGCCUGCUGCAACUUGUGCCCAUCUGCGUUCUUCUACACAGCAUCCAGAGUGAUCCUUUUCAAAUAAAAGCAGAACGUGGAACUUUUCUGGUUCAAACUCUAUAGUCUGGGUUUCACUCAGAAUCAAAGCUAGAGUCCUAACGAGGGCAGACAAAGCUGUUGAUGAUCUGUUCCCUCAAGUAUCCUCUUUCUCCUUCCCUCAUUGCUCUCCCUUGACUUCAUCUGGCGCUGACUGUUUGGCCAAGGUAGUGGUUUAUUGCUUUUGGCCUUUGUACUAUUGAAAAGGCAAUAAAUGUAACUAAGCAGGUGUGUGGGUUUCUUGCAGUACCAGCACCCAUUGUCUUACUCCUUGUUUGCUUAAGCACUCACACACCUGGGGGGGGGUUGCCUAGGAAGCAAAGGUGGAGCCACUGAAGGCUUCAAGGUGAUCAGAAUUGCAUCUAGACGAUUCUGCUCUCAGCAAGGAGAAGGAAUUUAAGGGGAACUCCUUUAGAAGCAGCAAGAUUGAGGAAAGUUAGGAAGCUUUUACAACAGUCCAGGUGGGAGCCUGUGCCAGGACUCUGGUGGUUGGUGUGAAUGGAGAGAAUAUCCAGAUUCCAGAAUUAAGAGCCACCAGCUAUUACAGAAGAAGAAUUUGAAGAUUCUUUAGCAACAGAUGACUUCCUUGUGGACUACUUUAAUGAAUUCCUAAGCCUUCCAACCUUUUCAGAGGCCAUUAGGUUUAAUGUGGAUUAUGGAGUUUUUGAAGUAGUUAAUAAUGCUCCCCAACUUCUGGAAAAGCAACUGAAAAAAAUUCUACUAAACCAGCAACCUCGAAAUCCCAUCUAUGACGUGGUGAGAAAAGCGAAGAGUGAUGUUAAACCCUUUGGAGUGAACGCCCCUUCUGAAGAUGAGACCAUCGAUGUCAACUACAGAGUCAUGUGUCUCAAUCGUGAGCAAGGUAUUCAGUGGAUCAAAAAAGAAAGACUUCCAACAUUUCUGGAAAGUGAUUGCUACUUUGAAUACAGGUUAGCCAAAUUGGUUUCACAAGUAAGAUGGAGUGAAUCAGGCAUGAAUAUCAUACUAGGUACAGAUUUUUCUCCCUGGGUCCUGAGAAAACCACCCAGUCCACCACCUCCUCCUGUUGAAGAAGAUGAUGUUUUAAUUAAGAAAAAGUUCUACAUUUCUCUUGGAGAGGCUUCCUAUACUCAAACAAAAGAUUGGUUUGCAUUAGCAAAACAAAGCCAGCAGACAGUAUCAACUUUUUCAUUACCAUCUUAUAUACUCCAUCACAAAACUGAAUCACCAGUUAUUUCAAGUGUUUCUGAAAGUUGUAUCUUUGAUGAUGGAGUUCACCCCAGGACGAAAAGAGGCUCAUCUAAAAGCACUGGGUUAAUUUCUGCGUUUGAAGAAGAUGGGUCUGUAUCUCUACAAGACACUCCUUCUCAAGCUCUCCUGAGGAUAUACCUCGAAAAGCAACAGGAUGUUGAUAAAAGCCUGACAUUGCAUUUCUCAACAUGUGAAGAAUUUUUAAGAUCUUAUGUAAACUUUAUUUUGAGAGCAGCAAUUCAUCAAAUUCUUGGAGUGCCACUUAAAGAAAGUCCAGAUUAUAUAAAUUUCAACAAUGUAACAGAAGUGGUAUUUGAGGAGUGUUUGAGGCUUACCUCUGGCAGGAAUGUUUUGCCAAGUGAAAUGAUUCAAACCAUAAAGUCGGAAGAGAGUUUAAAAGAAGCAGUUUCAAAACCUGAGAGUGUUGGAAUAGAGAGCAGGGCUGAUUGGUGUAUUUCUCAUAAAACUUAUGACAUUGGCAACAGAAAGGAGUUUGAAAGAUUUAAGAAAUUUGUAAAAGGUACAUUAGGGGAGAGAUAUUGGUGGCUAUGGAUGGAUAUUGAGAGGUUAAAAGUUCUUAAGGACCCUGGAAGACAUCAAAGACAUCUAGAGAAGAUGAAAAAGCGCUAUCUAGUGAGCAGUGGAGAUUGUUACCUUUCUACAGAAAUCUUAUCAAAAUUCAAACUGCUAGAUGGAUCUCAGUGGAAGGAAGAACACUUGAAAAAUAUUCAGACUGAGGUUGUAAAACCCUUACUUCUUUACUGGGCACCAAGAUUCUGUGUUACUCAUUCAUCUUCAACAAAACAUGCGAGUGCCGAACUGAAAUUCUGGCACCUUCGUCAAGAGAAACCAAGGAAGGAUGUUGACCCCUUUCCACAAAUGGCAACCCUCCUGCCAUUAAGACCUAAAUCUUGCAUUCCACAGAUAUCUGAGAUGCAGAAAGAAGAAUCCAGUUUAUUACAACUUUCUAAAUCUCCUAAGAAACCACCUAGAGUAAAAACAGCAAAUCAAAAACCUUCAAAGAAUGAGUCUUUGUAUCCAGUUUCUUCUAAGGAUGAUGUGAUUGGGAAAGGGUCAAGGCACAUGUCAGAAAGCAGCAAAGUUAUUCAUUUAACAUCUUUUACUGACAUUUCUGAAUGUCUGAAGCCCCAGCUGGAUAGAAGAUAUACUUACACAGAAGAACCUUUGAUUAAAACAAUGGCAGAUGGUGCCUUGGGAGGAUUUGACAUGGAAAAUUUGUUGCAAUCCCUGUAUGUAGAAAAUAGAGCUGGAUUCUUCUUUACUAAAUUCUGUGAGAACUCAGGGAACAAGUUGUGGAAGAACAGUGUGUACUUUUGGUUUGACCUACAAGCUUAUCAUCAGCUUUUCUACCAAGAAACACUUCACCCUUUUAAAGUAUGCAAACAAGCCCAAUAUCUUUUUGCCACAUACAUUGCUCCUUCAGCCACACUUGACAUUGGACUCCAACAGGAAAAGAAAAGAGAAAUUUAUAUGAAAAUACAGCCACCAUUUGAAGACCUUUUUGACACAGCAGAAGAAUAUAUCCUUCUCCUCCUCCUCGAGCCUUGGACAAAGAUGGUCAAAUCAGACCAAGCUGCUUAUGGAAAGGUGGAGCUGGUGGAAGAGAUUCGACAGCUAGAUUCUACAUACUUCAGAAAGCUACAGGCUUUGCAUAAAGAGACAUUUUCCAAGAAAGUUGAGGACACUACUUGUGAUACCGGAACUGGUAUUUCACCACUUCCUCGUGUCUCUAAACAAACAGAAUACUGGAAUAAUGUUCCUGCAGAAUUUAGGCAUUUUACUUUUAAUGACCUGGUUAACAACACACUGGAGUUCGAGCAUUUCCGCCAGUUUCUUGAGGCUCAUUCUUCAAGCAUGGACCUUAUGUGCUGGACAGACAUUGAACAGUUCCGAAGAAUAACUUACAAAGAUCGAAAGCAAAGGGAGGCAAAAUCUAUAUAUAUUAAAAACAAAUACCUCAACAAAAAAUAUUUCUUUGGACCCAACAGUCCAGCUUCUCUCUAUCAGCAAGAUCAGAUAAUGAAUUUAAGUGGUGGCUGGGGAAAGAUUCUCCAUGAGCAGCUUGAUGCAGCCGUUCUCAUUGAAAUUCAGAAGCAUGUCCUAAAUAGGUUAGAAAAUGUGUGGUUGCCAUUGUUUCUUGCAAGUGAACAUUUUGCAGCCCGCCAAAAGAUAAAGGUACAGAUGAGAGACAUAGCUGAAGAGCUUUUACUGCAGAGGCAUGAAAGGAAAAUCGGGGUCUGGAAGCCUGUGGAGAGUAAAUGGAUCUCUUCUUCUUGUGAAAUCGUUGCUUUCCGCAAAGCACUAUUGAAUCCAGUUACUGCAAGGCAAUUUCAGCGGUUUGUGGCUCUAAAAGGAGAUUUAUUGGAAAACGGCGUGCUCUUUUGGCAAGAAGUACAAAAAUAUAAGGACUUGUGCCAUUCACACUGUGAUGAGUCCAUCAUCCACAAGAAGAUCAUGACUAUUAUCAACUGUUUUAUUAACUCCAGCAUCCCGCCAGCCUUACAGAUUGACAUUCCAGUAGAGCAAGCCCAGAAGAUUAUAGAACACAGGAAGGAAUUAGGACCAUACAUAUUCAGAGAGGCACAGAUGACAAUUUUUGGGGUCCUGUUUAAAUUUUGGCCUCAGUUUUGUGAGUUUAGGAGGAACUUAACUGAUGAAAAAAUUAUGAGUGUUUUGGAAAGAAGACAAGAAUAUAGUAAGCAGAAAAAAAAAUUGGCAGCCACAGAAGACGAAAAAUUUGCAAAGGAUGGAAUCAAACAAUAUCCAAGUAUUUCAGGAUCUACUAACAAAACGGCUACUUUAGCCAGUGACCCAAGUUUAGGCCUGCAAGCCUAUGGCCGACAGCCAACCUGGUGCUACUCCAAGUACAUAGAAGCCUUAGAACAGGAAAGGAUUCUUCUUAAAAUUCAAGAAGAACUAGAAAGAAAGUUGUUCGCAGCCACACCAUCUUUUACAAAUUUCAAGCCUACUGCUUCCACUGUGUCUUUGAAAAAGACGUUAUCGUCCCACAACAUCCAGAGCUCUUCCGCAAGAACAUAUGUGGAAGCAUGAGCUCAGUUUCCCAAGGAAUUCUUUAAACCAAAUUUAAUUAACAUGGAAGCUCAAGUGACUUUUUGAUGGUCUGCUUUAAAGGAAGCCUUAUCACCUAGAUAAAGUUUGGCUUGUUUUACUUAGUUUAAAAAUUACAGCUAUUCUAUACAUAUGACGUACAAAACUAUAAAAUUUUUAAACACUUACUUAGAAUAAAAUGACUACUGUCUAGGUUAGAAGAAUCAAAAUGUUUUUCUUAUCACAAACCUUAAGGAACUAUCAUGUUUUGCUGCUCAAGUAGUCUUUCAAGAGACAUUCCCCGAGUUCCCAUUGUGGCCCAGGGAACUCAACUAAUAUCCAUGAGGAUGGGGGUUUGAUCCCUGGCCUCGCUUGCUGGGUUAAGGAUCUGGCAUUGCCAUGAGCUG